CGACGAUCAGUCACGCUUGCCCCUUUUGGCUGCCACUGCACAUGCAUUGGCCAGUCUCAGAAACCUGAGGGCCACACGAUUCACCUCGGAUGAUCGUGGGCUCACGACGUCGGCACACAGCAUUUUUCUCGAUCCUCAUCUUGGCCACAAGUUGAAUCCAGCCCAAUCCGGAGCGGCUGGUCUCGAUCUGCCUUGGUGCCACCCGUCUUUCUUUGACUUCUUUGACACCCAACCCGUUUGCCUUCACGCCUAUCUUGAUCCACUGAGCCCAACUUGCUCUUCCUGCUGGCAGCUGUUGCUUGGAGUCACCCUCCCAGCACCAUGUCUCCGGUCGCUUUACGCCGGCCCCUGCGGCUUCUCGCUGCCGUCCUGCUUGCAGUGAUGUUCAGCGCAGCCCAGGCCCAAGACUGUAACAUCCACCAAGUUUGCGGUCAAGCCGUCUGCAUCUCGGCCGACAAGCCGCCAGUGGCUGACUGUGAGAUGGACGCGGCUCAGCAGACGGAGCGUGCCCAAGUGACUGCCCUCAACGAGAACGUCCACUGCACUGCCGUGCAAGAACAAUGCUCCUUUGUCUGCGGUGGCAUUGCAGGUUUUGAGUGCCCAGCAGACCUGGUGUGCGACAUGGGUGGCCGCGACGAUGAUUGCGACGACUGCUUUGGCGUUUGCACGCGCCCCAUCGAGAAGCGCAAACCCUGCUUGGAUGAGCGAGAUCGCUUCUACAAACGAUUUGAGGCCCCAUCUGGUACUCGCGAAUGCCGCUCGGAUGAUGAGUGCAUCGUCUCUGGUUGCAGCUCAGAGGUCUGCGCUGCCCAGGCCUAUGCCACCACCUGCGAGGCUUUGCCGUGGGUGCCCAACGGCGAGUGUGGCUGCGUCAACAACGAAUGCAUCUGGCAUUCAUGCAGCCCGUGCCGGGACAUGCGCGAUUGCGAUCUCAAAUGCCCCUUUGGAUUUGUCACGGAUGACAACGACUGCCCUGUAUGCCGGUGCCGGGAGGCGCCAUGCUGUGAUCCGCUCAAGGAGCCCGGUCAAUUUGGCAACCCCCUCGUCAAGUUUCGCCAUGCUUGCUGCCCCACCACGGGAACUUGGAUGGAGAGUGACCGGGAAGGCGUGUUUGACUGCCCCGAGUUUCCCCAAGGUCCUUUUGGCCGGGCCUGCCCCUUGUUGGCGCUCUGCAACCUCUCCGUGCCCCAAGAUUCAGCCGAUUUUGCCAACCUUGAAGGCCUUGAACUGAACCAGGCCUGCGACUCGGACAAGGACUGUGUCGCCACGGGCUGCAACAACCAGGCCUGUGCUGCUGAGGAGGACGCCGACUUUUGCCCAUAUACGCUCGAGCCGCCAGCUGAUAGCUCGUGCCAGUGCCGCUAUGGCACCUGCUCGUGGGUGCACGACUGCGAACAGCCCAUUUGUCCACCGGUGUCUUGCCGCCUGCACUGUGAGCACGGCUUUCAAGUGGACGAGAACGGCUGCGAGAUUUGUGCCUGUGUUUCAGCCUGGGUCGGUUGCCCCGAGGAGAAGCGCUGCCUGCAGGGGGAUGUCAUCGAUCCCAGCAAUCCCUCAAACCUGCUCUGCUGCGAUGACGAUGAGAUGUGCGUCAUGGACCCAGCCUGCCCGCUGUGCGGUGGUCGAUGUGUGCCCAUUGAUGUGUGUUACGACGAAGACCAUCCGUACUAUGAGCGCUUCGAGGCUCCCAGUGCCGACAACAAGUGCGAGACCGCCGCUGACUGUGUGGUCAGUGGCUGCUCGGGCGAGGUUUGCGCCGCAGAGGACGUCGCCACCACGUGCGAAUUGCUGGACUUCCGGCCCGCAGGCGCCUGCUCCUGCGUUGACAACCAGUGCGUCUGGAACGGUCGCUGCGACGCCGACCCGCCUUGCCCCCGCGAGCAGAUCUGCACCAGCCCUGAUGGAGUUGAGAGCUGCUGCGAUGAGGGCGAGCGCUGUGUGCGUGGCCAGUGCUUGAAGCCUCAAGAUCCUUGCGACCUCCCAGCCAACUGCACCUCCUGGUUUGAUGGCUGCAACACCUGCUCCGUCUCUGCUGACGGCUGCAUUGAAUACUGCACCAAGCGCUUCUGCCUCGAGUACCAAGAGCCUCGAUGCCUCUGCUACGACUGCGAAGAUUUGCUCUGCCCUGCCAUCCCCGAUGAUUGCGCUGCCGUGUCCCGACCCAAGUAUGACGACUGUGGAUGCAUGAUCAAGUGCCCCGAGUGCAUUGCCAAAAAGGAGCAAUGUUGCAACCCACUCUUGGAGCCUGGCAAAUUUGGCAACCCCAUGGGCUUUGAGGGCUAUGCUUGCUGCCCUACUACCGGUGAAUGGGUGUUUAGCAUUGGCGACGGCAAGACCUUCCCUUGUCCUGGCCAAGAGCAGGGACCUUUUGGUGAUGCAUGCAAGCUGCCGAAAAAGUGUCGCGAUGAGGAAAAGGCGCUCAAAUCGGAGGUCAAGGCUGCCCUGAAGGAGGAGGCGCCACGUUGCCGAGUUGACAGCGAUUGCAAAGCUGGUCUGCAAUGUGUGCCAGUCAAGAAUGAGCGCAUGGGUGUCUGCCUUCCAUUUUACUACCGCCGCGUGGAUAUCAAGUCAUGCCUGGCCAGCAAUCCCGAGCCGCAUUUGCUGCUGCCAAGGUAUGAUCUAUCCUCUCCUGCGAGUCAGCUGAGAAAGCGGGAUGAGAAAGUGAUGUAUUUGCUCAUUCCAUCGUGCUCCAGGCAAGCCGUGCAAGGAUCCUCCUUCGGCCGAUAA